GAUUCCGCGUCUUCUCGUGCGUUGUUGUAUAAAGUUUUUUUUAGUCAAUAUUUGUUUAAAAAAAAAGAAACUAAUAGCAAUUAUCUACAUUAGAAUUGUUUGUUAAUUAAUGUAAAAAGAUAAUUAUUGUUUUAUUUAAAAAGAAAAAAGAUAAUUAUUUGAAAUUCGUUCCUUCGCGUGUGCAGUGUGUUGAUCAAAAUAAAACGCAUUCAUUGGCAUAUUCCUUUAGAUAAAAUUCAAUGAAAUUGUGAAUUAAAUAUCCAAUCAUUGAUGAUUUUUACCAUUGGAAUGUUAAACUGGCAUGUCUCUUGAAAUUAACGGGCUUUUUUAAGCAAAUUGUACGCGGUUUUAACGAGGUUACACGAUGUUUUGUGUUGUGACAAUUUUUCUCAUGGCGAUAAUGAAACAUGUGAAAUAAGUGUUUUUUCAUUGUAAUUAAAAUGUAUUUUAUACACAAAUCUUGAUAGUGAGUGAAUUACGAAAACAGCAUUUUAAUAGGCAAAUUAACCAAAUUUCAUACGCUCAAUAAAGAAGUUUGUUUGUGUGUGUGUUUGGGAUUGUAUAUUUUUAACGAACAAAUUUAUAAUUUUAUAAAUUUAAAAUCUUGCUGUUUAUUAUAAUACGUGAAAAGUGAAUCCUUGUGUGUUAUAAAUUAUCGUCCUUAGUGAAUAAUAAUAACAGCAUUUGUGUUUGACCUGUGUGAAUCCUGCCUCUGCUGUUGAGUUUUCAUUUUCAACUUUUUUUCAUCUCAGGAUACCAGGACAUGCAUUGAGGGUAGAGAACGUCCCCCCAAAAAAAACAAACAAACAAAUAAACAAAAAUGUCAAAUCGAAGGGAUAAGGCAACAGCUGGUUUUCUGGACACAUGGUUCGGUCGACCGAAAAAAUCUGGUCGAGGGGGUGGUGGUCUCGGUCACAACACCAUCCCCCGUCCAAAUUCUGGCGAAGAUUUCAACGAAAUCGAACAACAACGUUGCAUGAUCGAGAGAAUGGAUGAGGAAACUGUUAAUGAUCGAUUUGAGGAAAUGUUGGCGAAUAUGAAUUUAAAUGAAGAAAAGAAGGAACCACUUCGUCAACAAUCGGCAGGAAAGAAAAAGGAGAUGUUAAUUUUACACUAUAAAGGCAGUAUUCAGGAGAAUAAAUCAAAAUUCGAUAAACCAGCCGAUUAUAUACAGUAUUUGGCUCAACCAGAUUUAAGUGUAAAUAAAAUUUAUAAUUGUGUCGAAUCACUUAGAAUUGCUCUCACAAAUAAUACAUUGAGUUGGGUGCAAGAAUUUGGAACAAAAGGAUUGAAACAGGUCCUUGCGACUCUCAAUGAAUGUUACAGGAACGCGUUCAUUUCAUAUGAUAGUGACAAUCGAUACGAACGAAUACAGUACGAAUGCAUUCGCUGUUUAAAAGCAAUUAUGAAUAAUACUGUUGGAAUAAAAGAAAUGUUGGCGCAUCAUGAAGCUUUAACGAUAGUCGCAAGAUCAUUGGAACCAAGUAAACCAGCUGUAAUGUAUGAAGUUGUUAAACUUCUUGGCGCAGUUUGUCUCAUUUCAAGUGACAGCCAUAAAAAAGUAUUAGACGCUAUCACAAUGAAUGGAGAAUUUAAAGGUCGAGAACGAUUUCAACCAAUUGUUCAAGGACUAAUGAAUAAGAAAAACGAAAAUCUUAGGGUCGUGUGUUUACAAUUGAUAAAUUCAAUAAUUUCAUCUGCCGAUGAUUUGGAUUUUAGAUUGCAUUUGCGAAACGAAAUAAUGCGCGUUGGAUUGGCUGAUAUUUUAGAUACAUUAGAAGGCGAUGAAUCGGAGGAUUUAGCGACUCAUUUGAAAAUCUUUAACGAUUAUAAAGAAGAGGAUUAUGAGGAAUUUGUCCAAAGAUUCGAUCACGUACGACUUGAAUUGGACGAUGUUAACGAUUGUUUUGAAGUCGUUAAAAAUAUGGUUAUGGAUACAGUUGCUGAACCAUAUUUUUUAUCAAUUUUACAACAUUUACUAUUUAUACGAGACGAUUCUCUAGUAAGACCGGCGUAUUAUAAACUCAUAGAAGAAUGUGUAUCACAAAUUGUAUUGCAUCGAUCGGGUUGCGAUCCCGAUUUUAGUGCAACAAAACGAUUUCAAAUUGAUGUUCAACCACUAAUCGAAACACUGGUGGAGAAAUCAAAAGCCGAAGAGGAACAUAGAUUAGUGGAAAUGUCACAGAAAUUGGAGGAAGCAAUUGCAAGGAAACAGGAGGCUGAGGCAAAAUUGCAACACGCGGAAAAUAAAAUUAAAGAACUUGAAACAGGAAGGCCAAUUGGUGGUUCACCUGGUAAAAUUGGAAGUUGUCCACCUCCGCCACCAAUGCCAGGAAUGGGAGGUGCGCCUCCACCGCCUCCAAUGCCAGGAAUGGGAAGACCUCCUCCACCUCCGAUGCCAGGAAUGGGAGGUGCGCCACCGCCACCUCCGAUGCCAGGUAUGGGAGGACCUCCACCACCCCCAAUGCCAGGAAUGGGAGGACCGGCGCCGCCUCCAAUGCCCGGAAUGGGACCUCCACCACCUCCGAUGAUGGGAGGUUUCAGGCCGCCAAUGGCAAAUGCUGUUCAAGUUUUACCACAUGGAAUGAAGCCCAAGAAGAAGUGGGAAGUCGAUGGACCACUUAAAAGAGCCAACUGGAAGGCGAUUUUGCCGCACAAAAUAUCGGAAAAGUCAUUUUGGGUAAAAGUUCAAGAAGACAAACUCGCGAGUCCAGAAAUAUUAAGUGGUCUUGCACAAAGAUUCUCUUCAAAGCCAAGUGGAAAGAAAAUUGACGACGUUGUUGAUAAAUCUACACCAGCGAAGAAGAUUAAGGAUCUAAAAGUAUUGGAUAGUAAAGCAGCGCAAAAUAUUUUAAUUCUCCUCAGUGGCUCGUUAAAACAUAUGUCGUAUGAGGAUGUCAAAACAUGUUUAUUAAAAUGUGAAGGGCCAGUUAUUUCCGAUAAUAUUCUACAGGGUUUAAUUCAAUAUUUACCACCGCCCGAUCAAUUAGCAAAAUUACAAAAUUUCAAAGAUAAUUAUGAUGAUUUAACGGAGGCCGAGCAAUUCUGCGUGACGGUAUCGACGAUUAAGCGAUUACUUCCAAGACUGAGAUCGUUAAGUUUUAUGCUACGAUACGAAGAAUUGGUCCAGGAUGUAAAGCCAGAUAUUGUAGCGGGAACAGCAGCCUGCGAGGAAGUGAAAGGAAGUAAAAAAUUCGCGAAAAUUCUCGAAUUGAUUCUUCUUCUUGGAAAUUACAUGAAUUCUGGAUCAAAGAACGGUCAAGCAUUUGGUUUCGAAAUCAGUUUUCUCACUAAGUUAACGUCAACAAAAGAUAUUGACAAUAGGCAAACUUUAAUGCACUAUUUGGUGGAUACAAUAGAGCGAAAGUUUCCCGAUUGUUUAAAUUUUUUGGAAGAAUUGACUCACGUUGAUCGAGCGAGUCGGGUAUCUCUAGAAAAUAUUCAACGAACACUACGGCAAAUGGAGAAUAAUAUUAAAAAUCUCGAACAAGAUGUUGUCAAUGCAAGAAUUCCACAAAGCGAUCAGGAUCGUUUUGCUGAUGUUAUGACUCCAUUCUCGAAAAAAGCAAGAGAGUCAUAUGAAGUGAUGCAAAAUAUGUUUAAAAAUAUGGACAAUCUCUAUACGGGAAUUUCGGAAUUCUUCGCUUUUGAUAAGCAAAAAUGCACUAUCGAAGAAUUCUUCGGUGAUAUUAAAAAGUUUAAAGACGAUUUCACGCAAGCGCAAAAGGAGAUAGUGAAAAUGCGCGAAUCGGAGGAGAAGCAAAGAAGAGCAAAAGAGGCGCGCGAAAAAGCGGAAGUUGAAAAAGCCGCACGUGCCGAAAGAAAACGCGCUUUAGUCGAUAUGAAUGCGCAUGAAACACAGGAAGGCGUUAUGGACAGUUUAAUGGAAGCUCUACAAACGGGAUCGGCAUUUAGUCGACCUGAUCAACGUCGCAAACGUCAAACACGCGUUGCUGGUGGUAAGUUUAAACUCGUUAGGAAUAUUCAUUCCACUAGUGUGACAAUUGUCAGACGAAAAUCUAGUGUUCAUCGAAAUUUCACGCGUAUUGAAUCAAAGAAUAAUACAAAUAUAGAAAAUAAUAAUAAUAAUAAUAAUUAUUCAACACCCGAGGAAAAUCAAAUAUUUAUCAAAGAUCUCAUGUUAAAAGAGGCAAUGAAAACACCGAGAAAAAAUAAAUUUGAAAAUAAAUCACGAGUUGAAAUUGUUGAUUUUAUAAGAAAAGAAAAAUUUUUCACACCUGAGGAUAAUAAUCAAAAUCGUAUAAAAAAUAUUUUAUUAAGUCACGCUGAAAAAGCGCCAAGAAAAAAUGAUGUUAUUUAUAAAGUGAGUAGAAUUUUUAAAAAUAAAUCUGACAUAUCCGAUGCAAGUGAUUGUUUUAUAACUUCUGGAUUUGAAGAAACGCCGAGGAGAACAUUUUCUGCUUGUGAAAAUAAUAAUAAUAAUAUUCAUGAUCUUCAAACACCAUCGCCAAAGAAUUAUUUGACAACUGUACCGAGAAAUUUUAUUCAAAAAGCAUCUUAUGAUUCGGUAAUAAAAGAACUGAAAAUUUCUAUGCCAAAUUGUUUUAAUGAAGAAAAUUUACAAUCAAAUGAAUUUCACAUGGGGGAUAAUGUGAGGAAAAAUUUAAUUGUCGGUAAGAGAAAGAAGAAAAAUAGUUUUAUUCGACGCGCUAUUGUGAAUCGAAGAAAAAAUUCUAGAAAACAUAAGAAAUCAUUUAAAUUCACUGAUAAUAUUCAACAUGAUUUAAAUGUUGUCAAUCUUGAUGAGAAUGAGAAUUUUUUUACAACUGAAUUGUUUUUCCAUUCAAAAAAUGAUUAUGAAUCAAGAGAAAAUUCUCUUGCUGUGUCGAGUAAUUCGAAAUUUACGGAAAAAUUUUCCCCAAUUUCUAAACAUUAUAGGGGUUCGAUUACUUCACAAAGUAGUGAGGAAAAAAAGAAAACUUGGAAUUUAUGGAGAAAAUUGGGAGAUUCGGCAAAGAGUGUGAGAAGAAAAUAUAAUAUUAAACAAAACACUGAAUCGGAAUUUACAAAGUAACACAUCAAAUAAUCAUAGAUAGGAAAUAUUUUAAAUUUGGUUUUUUUUCUCAUUUUUUUUUUUUUAAGACUAUGGUUUCGCUGUAUUAAUUUUUUGUUUGUUUUUAAUUGUAAUUUUCCGGAACAAUUGUAAAUUAUUUUUUUUUUAUUUUACUUCUGAGACUUGAUAUUUUAAAUAAUUUUUUAUGUUUUUUUUUUUGAAAAUACAAUUUUUUUGUAGAGAUUAUUAUUUAUGGAAAAUAUUUUUGAUAGGCAAUAUUUAAAAAAUAAUAUUUAUUAACACGGUUUUUUUUUCUCGAUGAAAUUAUGUGAUAAUUGAGAAGCUGUGACAUAAUUUUGUAGAUUAAUGAUAAAUUAUUAAAAUUUUUGAUUUGUCUUUUAAGACAAAAAUUUUUUGAAAAAGAUUGAUUUAAUUAUGUGAGACAAUUUCUUUUACUUUUUUUUUUUUUUUUUACUUUCGUUUGUGAUUCGACACUAUAAAACGCUUUGUUAUUUUUGCGAAAUGUAAUAGAAAAUAUCUUGUACAAACUCUUGUCAAACAUAUAUAUGAAUAAUUUAUUUAUUAAAUUCAUUUUCAGAA